AUGUUGGAAGGCUUGGUCGCAAACCUUCUUAAUCGCUUCUUGGGCAUGUACGUCAAGAAUUUCGAUCCAAAGCAGCUCAAUGUUGGCAUAUGGUCUGGAGAUGUCAAGCUACGUAAUCUAGAGCUAAGACGAGAAGCCCUCGAUCAGCUACAUUUGCCUAUCAAUGUUGUGGAGGGGCGCCUCGGAGAACUGACAUUGUCCAUACCCUGGUCAAAUCUCAGGGGCAAGCCGGUCAAAAUCAACAUUGAGGAUGUCUUUCUGCUCGCUGCUCCGAAAGAGGAAGAUGAAUACGACGCCGCGGAGGAAGAGAAGCGUACUGUUGCUGUCAAGUUAGAGAAACUCGAGAGCGCCGAGCUGUUGAAGGAACGAAACACCGAGAGCAUGAGUCCUGAGGAACAACAAAAAAAUCAGAGUUUUACUCAAAGCUUGGUCACUGCUAUUGUUGAUAAUCUUCAGGUCAGCAUCAAAAACGUGCACGUGCGGUACGAAGACUCCAUUGCCACUCCUGGCCAUCCCUUCGCAGUCGGCCUCACCCUGAAAGAGAUGAGCGCCGUGAGCACAGACUCUGAAUGGCGCCCAACCUUCAUUCAAUCCACUUCAGGAACGACCCACAAACUAGCGGUUCUCAAUUCAUUGGCAGUCUACUGGAAUAGUGAUGCCGAACUCUUUGGAACUGGAAGAGGUGGGGAUGUCGGUGCUGCUGCACAAGAAAUUGACAAAGACGACCUCAUUACUAAGUUCAGAGAGGGAAUCGAAGACACAGGCAACUCCCAAUAUCUCCUCAAGCCUGUAAGCGGGCGAGCAGGCAUCGAACUUGACAAGUCGGGCAAAGCCGAGAUCCCAAAGAUCAAGGCACGAUUGUUGUUCCAAGAGCUCGGUUUCAUUCUUGACGAAGAUCAGUAUCGGGAUGCAUUGAUGCUUGUCGAUCUCAUGCACUAUUUUGUGCGACAUCAAGAAUACAAAAAAGAUCAACCCCAGACGACCCCGAAAGAAGACCCCAAGGCUUGGCUCAAGUUCGCCGCAAACGCAGUCCUCAAUAAGAUCCACGACCGCAACCGAAGAUGGACAUGGGACUACUUCAAAGAACGCAGGGAUACUCGUCUAAAAUAUAUCGAGCUCUUCAAAAAGAAGAAGAAGGAUCAAAAGCUGACAGAGCAAGAGACCGAGGAGCUGUCCGACCUAGAAUUCAAGCUAAGUUACGAAGAUCUCCGGUUCUGGAGGUCACUUGCUCGCAGCCAGCUCAGAAAGGAAAACAUAAAUGCCCCCAAACCUGCACAGAAACAAACUUGGUCAUCCUGGAUCUGGGGCUCAAAGCCGGCCCAAGAUGACGGCGAGAAUGAAGAUGCUGGCAUGACAGAUGAGCAGCGUAAAGAGCUUUAUGAUGCAAUUGACUGGGACGAGAAGAAGGCUAUUGCAGACAGUGUCGACCUUCCUCGGGAAACCAUCAAAUUGCAGGUCGAAUCAAGCCUGAGGACUGGAAGCUUCACCUUGAAACGAGAUCCGCAUGGAGAAGCGAAUGAGAUCUUAAAGCUUGUUUUUGACAACUUCAAAGCCAAAGCUAUACAAAGACCGGACUCAAUUCUAGCCGAUCUUGCGCUUGGGGGUUUCCGGGUCUAUGACGGCACAACAGAAGGGAGCCUCUUUCCACAGAUCGUCAAGGUCAAGGGUGUCGAGGAACAAUCAAAGGACGACGUCAAAGAGGACAUUAGCACUCUAGAAGAACAGAGUAGUGACGACGGAGAGAUCAGAAGGAGACGAGAAGACGAUAACAGCUUGUUUCAUCUGCUGUUUGAAAACAAUCCAUUGGAUGGAAGUGCUGACACCAAAAUCUUUCUAAAACUUAGAAGCCUAGAAUUCAUCCACAACCCAAAGUUUGUUGUCGAGAUAGCAAAAUUCUUCAAACCACCUGAGCGGCAGAUGGAAUCAAUAGGAGCGUUGUUGCAGACAGCGGGAGCCACUGUUGAGGAGAUCAGGCAACAGACUCGAGCUGGCCUUGAGUUCGCACUGGAGGAGCACAAGACUAUGAAUGCAAAUUUCGACAUUCAGGCCCCUAUAUUCAUCAUCCCAGAGAGUAUCACGCGAGAGAGCACCCUGUGUAUGAUAUUGGAUGCAGGCCAUGUUAGCCUCAAUAGCGAACUUGUGGAUAAGGAGACAAUGCGGGACAUACAUUCCAAACAGAAGCAGCAAUAUACAGAGGAAGACUUCAAACAACUGGAAGGCCUCAUGUACGACAAGUUCCACCUAAAGCUGGACUCAACCCAAGUCCUGAUUGGACCGGGUAUCAAUGCCACAAGGUCUCAACUAGAAGCUCCCGACGAUACCAAGAAUAUGCACAUUAUCGACCGCAUUAAUAUGGAAUUCCUUAUCGAGAACUCAAUCAUACCAAAAGCUCCGGACAUCACCAAAAUCCGCAUCUCUGGCUCUAUGCCUGUCCUACAUGCCUCUAUCUCUGACAGGAAAUAUAAAAAUAUCAUGAGAUUGAUUGACGUGGCAAUUCCAAAAUUUGAGAACUCGACCUCAAACUCCAACGGGUCUCAAGAGACGACCGUACCUUUGAAAUCAACUGAAGGGUCUAAUUCUAAGAGAAAGUCAGUUGUGCUGCUUGAAUCUAAGGAUAAACCAGUUAUCGAGCAUGAUUCUGACUGCGAAGACGACGGGCAGAAGAACGUGGAGAAGAAGGAAAAGCCGGCCAACAUUCAUCAACGCAACUUUGAGAUCAAAUUCACCGUUGAUAAACUUCAAGCGUCACUCUUUAAAGCAGAUCCCGAAGAGAAGAAGCCAGACCAGCUUCUCGCCGAACUAGUUGCAGAAUACUUUUCCUUUAACUUCUACCUCCGCCCUUACGACAUGGCAGCUGAAGUUGUUUUACGCUCAUUGACUGUGGAUGAUCACAUUGAAGAUGAACCAUUGCCAGAAUUUAAGCAGAUUAUCUCUUCAAAGGGCUUCAAAGCCGAAGAAGAGAAAGACCUUUUCCAUGUCAAAUUCGUCAAGGUUAACCCUGAGUCCCCUGAAUUCAAGUCCACAUACGAAGGAAUUGCGACCAACCUCGAUGUCGCAGUGUCAACGAUCAAUGUCAUUGUCACCAGAAAGACGCUUUUGACGCUGCUCGACUUUGUCCUUACCACAUUUGCAGGCCCUGGGGACAAGCCAGUGGAGCAAGGCACCAAGAAGCUUGAAGGAGACAAAGAGAAUGAGGCUGAUCUCGACACAGUAACUCAGGCCAAACAGCAGCCAGAAAAGCUCAGAAUCAAAGCUGAAUUGACAAGUAUAGCGCUAAUUCUCAACAACGAUGGUGUCAGGCUUGCUACCUUGUCCCUAAACUCAGGUGAUGUUGGGGUUUUUCUUAACGCUGGUACAGUGCAGGUCAAAGCACGCUUGGGCAGUCUGUCACUGGUGGAUGAUAUCAAUCAAGGUGCCCCAGAGGAUUCGCCAUUGCGUCGGCUCAUUGCUAUAGAAGGGGAUGACCUCGCUGAUUUCAAAUACCAAACGUAUGACGCUACUCGGAAAGACUAUCCAGGAUACGACUCCGGUAUAUUCCUACGUUCGGGUUCGAUAAAGGUGAACUUCUUGGAAGAGCCAUUUCGGAAGAUCAUGGAGUUUGGUGUCAAGUUCGGGAAAAUGCAGGCCAUAUUCAAUGCUGCAAGACAAGCUGCAGCCAAUCAAGCUACGCAAGUUCAGCAAAGUGCUCAGAAAAUGCAUUUUGAUGUCGUCAUCAAAACUCCCAUUGUUGUCUUCCCAAGAGCCAUGGUUGACGAUCGACCCCGAGAUUUGCUCACAGCUUAUCUCGGUGAAAUCUAUGCUAGCAACAAAUUUGUUAGCAUCCAAGGUCAGAGAGAUGGACCAAUGGUCAAUAAACUGUCGGCUGGGAUACGUAACAUCCGCCUGACGACAGAAUUUCAUUAUGACGAUGACCAGUGCCAGGAGCUGGAGAUGAUCGACAAGGUGGAUCUCGAUUUCAAGAUUAGGUAUCUCGAACACCAGAGCGGUCUCAAAAGGCCAGACCUGGAGAUUGAUGGAUCAAUGUCCCCUGUCAACCUGCGAAUUUCACAAACACAAUUCAAGUUCCUGAUGGAACUUUCCAAAACAAUCCCGGCUGCUUUUGCUACUGAGGAGGAUUCUGAUGAGGAGAUUGCGGAUGAACUACCAGAAUCAAAGGUUGCACCAACACAUCCUACUCAAAACGACAAAGAAUCAGAUGAACCAUCACGGCCUACAUAUCAGGGACCGGAGCUUGGAUCCACCCACGAGACUUGGACCAAGUUACAUCUCGUCUUCAAAGCUCCAAUGAUAGGCCUUGAACUGAUACUAGCGGUAGAUGACGAAUCUAUCGAAAACUUUGAAGCUGCGAGCGUAUCGAAGUUUUCAUUGAAUGAUACCAAUGUCAAGUUGCGAAUGCUUAGCGAUGGAGCUCUAGAAUCCGAGCUCUUGAUUCAUUCCUUCACUAUUCGUGAUAGCCGAUCAAGGGAGACGAAUAAAUUCAGAAAGAUCAUGUCUUUGAUCAACAACGAUGUCCAGCAACAAUUUAUGGCAAGCGUCUCAAUAUCGGGAGGUACUGAAAAGCAUAUGAUUGUGAUGCUUACAAUUGACAGCCCAAGAAUUAUCGUUGCAUUGGACUAUCUUUUCUCUCUUCAAGCAUUUGCUAAUACGGCCUUUGCAUCCGACGAACCUCGGCCUAUUGCAGAUGCGGAAGAUCUUUCGGAAGACGAUCCUUUGAGCCCUGCUGAAGACCGAAGUCGACAUGAGGAGGAUGACACCACAGAGGAGGAAGGUUCGGGCAUGAGUGUCUCCUUCCGGAUUAAUAUUGUGGAUGCGCAAAUUAUUCUCAUUGCCAACCCAACUAUUUCAAAUACUGAAGCUAUCGUUCUGGGCACAAAAGAAGUCCUUGUAUCGCGCCAAAAUGCUACCACCCUUCAGAUUACGAAAGUGGGCAUGUUCCUAUGUCGAAUGGAUAAGUUCGAGACAAGCCGUCUUCGAAUCUUGGACGAUUUCAGCGUUCAAAUGUCCAUGGAAAGUCGAAGUCAGGGCAAGGACUCUUCACUUACUUCCAUACACAUUGGAAUUGAGCCUCUUGUCUUGAGGUUGUCAUUGCGUGAUAUCCUUCUUGCGAUGCAGAUCAUGAGCAAGGCAUCCUCUACAACGCCGCAAGCAAAAAUUCAAGAAGAUACAGAACCGAAGAAAAUUGAAGAGGUGAAAGUAGCUUCCACUAAACGAAGAUCGGUCGGUGGUGCCACAGCCGCUUCAACCAAAAGAUCCAAGCAUUCCAAGUCAAUCUCGAAGCCUCAAUCGAAAUCAGUACCCAAGAAGUCUAUUGUCAUGAGUAGAGAAGAACUGGUCGCUCAGAUUGACGGCAUACGGGUGAUUCUGAUCGGGGAUAGGCACGAACUUCCAUUGCUAGAUUGGAGCGUAAAAAAAUUCGAUGUCGAUGUUCGAGACUGGUCAGGUGCGAUGACUGCUGACACAAAGUUUGACACUUUCCUUAACGUUUAUAACUUCUCCAAAUCGGCAUGGGAACCAUUGAUCGAGCCGUGGAAGCUGGGCUUUCAUAUGUCGAAGCAGGUGCAACCGGAAGUGUUGUCGAUGGAAGUCUACUCGCACAAGAACAUGGAACUCACAAUUACCUCCGCAACCAUUGCUUUAGCAUCGAAAUCGUUCGACUUCUUGUCUACAGACGAGGACAUCCUAUCGAAACCUCGUGUUGCGGAUGCACCUUAUCGGAUCCGCAAUUACACUGGCUUCGAUCUUAGUGUUUGGGCGGACGAGAAGAGUGAUACCGCCAAUGCUGCCAAAUUGAGUGACGGUGAGGAAUAUGCUUGGCGAUUCGAAGAUGCUACUUCAAUGCGUGAACAUCUGACCCCCGAAGGCAAUGCAGGCCUGGUCGGUGUCAAGCUUGAAGGCAGCGGCUUUGAUAGUGUCAGCCGCAUUCCUGUCAUUCGGGAGGGUGAGACAUUAUACAACUUGAAGCCGCGCAAAGACAACGUGCAACAUCGAAUGCUGGUCGAAGUGAAAUUGGGGUCUGACAACGUCAAGUACAUCACCAUCCGCUCUCCACUUCUUGUUGAGAACAAGACGCAAAUCCCGAUUGAGAUUGGAGUCUACAGUCCCGAGGAUGGUCAUCUUCUCAAAAUCGAAAAGGUUCCCCCAGGAGAGGGCAAGCCAGCACCAGUUGGUGCCGCUUUUGUACAUUCACUUGUUAUUCGACCUGAUCAAGGAUUUGGCUACGGUUGGUCGAAUGAGCGUUUAUUCUGGAAGGAUCUCCUGAAGAGGUCUACUAGAACCCUAACUUGUCAAUCAGAGGGUAAAGACAACUCACCACCGUUUUAUUUCCAGAUGCAUGCGGCCUACAAUCAGAAAGACCCCAUGACAAAAAUUUACCCAUUCAUGCGGAUCCAAAUUUCGGCACCGGUCGAAGUCCAGAAUCUCUUACCAUACGAUUUCAAAUAUCGAAUAUAUGACAAAAACACGAAGAAAGACUGGACAAAUUUUCUACGGAAGGGUGGCGUCAGCCCUGUACACGUCGUUGAACUCUCACAUCUACUUCUCCUCAGCGUCGACAUCGAGGACACUCCUUUCAAGCAAAGCGAAUUUGCCAUUAUCAACAGCAACACUCAGGAAGAGUUCCGUCGGGAGAAAAGCCUAAGCCUGAAGGAUGAGUAUGGAACUCAGCUGACCCUGAAAUUGCAUUACACCAAUAUCAAGGACAGUGGCGGCGCAUUUCGAGUUUCGAUCUACAGUCCAUAUGUGCUUCUCAACAAGACUGGCCUCGAUAUGAGUGUUCAGAGCAAAGCUUUUUUCGGAUCAUCCAAAUCUACCGGGCCACAAGGGGCCCGAACAAGUUCCGGUAAUGGCAAGGCUUUACCCAUGCUCUAUUCCUAUGGAACGGAUGAUCGGAAAAACCGGUCGCUGCUGAAAAUCGGCGACUCAUCUUGGAGUAAACCGCAAAGUUUCGACGCGAUUGGUAGUUCCUACGAGGUUGUCCUGCCAUCAGCCAAUAGCCGUUCUGAGCUUCACGUUGGUGUCUCUGUCGCUGAAGGGGAAGGCAAGUACAACUUGAGCAAAGUCGUCACCAUAGCCCCAAGAUUCGUGCUCAAAAACAAGAUAGGAGAGGCAAUUGAGCUUCGCGAGCCUGGAUCAUCGGAAGUCAUCAAGGUAAGGAAUAACGAGUUGCUACCUAUCUACUUCAUGCGCCAAAGUCCAGAAAAGCAACUUUGUCUUUGCUUCCCAGGAGUGGACAACCAGUGGUCAUCACCUUUCAACCUUGCAAACAUUGGCAUGACACACGUCAAACUAGCAAAGCAUGGACAAAGACAGAAGCUGCUUCGUGUUGAAAUUAUCCUCGAGGACGCGACUCUUUUCUUGCAUUUCAGCAUCGAGACCAAGCAUUGGCCGUUCUCAAUGCGCAAUGAGAGUGACACUGAGUUCUUGUUCUUCCAGGCCAACCCCAAUAUCGCGGAAGAUGAGGAGGAAGAUCGUGGUAGUGGAUGGAAGCCCAUCCGAUACAAGCUCCCUCCACGAAGCAUUAUGCCAUAUGCGUGGGAUUAUCCUGCGUCAAAGAACAAGGAACUCGUUCUCACGUCACGAGGCAAGGAGAGAUAUGUUAAGCUGGCAGAGAUAGGAAAUUUGAUUCCAAUCAAGCUCCCGGCUACAGAACGAGGCGGCCUAAUGAAAGUGAUUGAUGUCAAUAUUGUUGCAGAUGGUCCAACUCAAACUUUGGUGCUCUCAAAUUACAAGCCUUCAAGAUCACUAUACCGUCAAAAGACUGGGGCGACAACUGCCUCGCAAACCAGUUUGAAUCAAGGAUUCGAAGUCAAGCAGAUCGAGUCGGAAGUCAACUUCAAGGCCGAACUUCGGCUGGCCGGCAUUGGAAUCUCUCUUGUCAACACCAAAAUGAAGGAGCUUUUGUAUCUGACAUUCCGUGAGAUAGAUCUCAAGUAUGGCGAGUCCAAACUCUACCAGACAGUGAACGGAACUGUCAAAUGGAUACAGAUCGACAAUCAACUGUAUGGUGGAAUAUUUCCCAUCCUGCUUUACCCCAGCGUGGUGCCAAAGACUGGCAAGGAGAUGGAGGCUCAUCCUAUCUUCCAUAGUAUGGUGACUCGAGUCAAAGACGAUUCAUAUGGUGUUCUCUACAUCAAAUACGCUACUCUUCUUCUUCAGCAGAUCACCAUCGAAUUGGAUGAAGACUUCAUUUUUGCCAUGCUUGAUUUCCUCAAGGUGCCGGGAGCAUCAUGGGCAGAGGAGAGAGAAGGAAAGCUUUGUGAUGAGGACUUAGACGUUCCUGAGCCGACUCUGGAACAACAAGGUCAAGAUGUCUACUUUGAGCUCCUCCAUCUACAACCCAUUCAACUCGAUCUAUCGUUUGUUCGAACUGAACGGAUCAACGCGGAAGACACCAUUGUGAACAGUCCCCUCAUGUUCUUAGUCAAUGUGAUGACCAUGUCCAUCGGCAAUGUCAAUGAUGCUCCGAUCAAGCUCAACGCCCUUAUGCUCGAGAACGCGCGGAUCUCGAUUCCUGCUCUCAUGGCCAACAUCCAGAAUCAUUACACACAAGAAGUGCUCAGGCAGGUGCAUAUUAUUCUUGGAUCUGCCGACUUCCUCGGGAACCCCGUGGGUCUGUUCAAUAGCGUCAGUUCAGGUGUUGCUGACAUCUUCUACGAACCAUAUCAAGGCCUAGUCAUGACCGACCGACCUCAAGAGUUAGGCAUUGGCAUCGCCAAGGGAGCCAGCAGCUUCGUGAAGAAAUCAGUCUUCGGUUUCAGCGAUAGCAUGGCCAAGUUCACUGGUUCUAUGUCUAAAGGCCUCGCAGCUGCGACGAUGGAUAAAGAAUUUCAAGAUCAGCGGCGUAUGUCCAAGAGCCGAAACCGGCCGAAACACGCACUGUAUGGCGUGACGUCCGGCGGCAAUGCUUUUGCCUCAAGUGUGGCAAGCGGUAUCGGUGGGCUUGCACGACAUCCGCUUGAGGGGGCAGAGAAAGAAGGAGCAUUCGGAUUUGUCAAAGGGGUUGGAAAAGGCGUGCUAGGUCUGGCAACGAAGCCCGCAAUUGGGGCGUUUGAUCUAGCGUCCAAUGUUGCGGAAGGGGUACGCAACACAACGACAGUCUUCGACGCCGAAGGCCUCGACCGUGUACGGCUGACUCGGUUCAUUGGUAUGGACGGCAUAGUCCGUCCAUAUUCGCAGCGUGAAGCGCUUGGACAAUUUUGGCUCAAAACUUGCGAUGACGGCAAGUUCUUCAACGAGGAGUACAUCGCUCACUUAGAGCUGGAGGGUCGAGACAUGUUGGUGAUGAUCACAUACGACCGGAUCCUCAUGAUUCGCACCAAGAAGCUGAGAAUGGAGUGGGACGUCAAGUUGACGGAUGUGCAGACCAUCAGCAAAGAACGCACGGGGAUGAGCUUUGGUUUGAAGGGUGGCGCCAAUGGGCCGUUUAUCCCUGUUGCUGACGAGGGCAGUCGGAAUUGGCUGUACAGGCAGAUUGCUAUUGGUGAGUUGAUGGACGGCAGCCUUUCGUUCGAUGUCCAAGAGCUAACUUUGGGAUCUAGCGGUGAAUGCUUUCAACGACAAAUACAAUGCUAA